AUGGAAACGCCCACCUCCAGCCGCGCGCCUUCCGAUGCGCUGCCCGUCGAGAAUGGCCAGGCUGGUCUUGCCGCCCGUCGCACCUCGCUCGGUUUCCUUCGUCGUUCUAAAUCCACCGAGCCGCUCGGUGAACGCAAGCCUUCCGGUAGCCGCAAGAAGAUGUCCAAGAGUCAAGCCAUGGAAGAGGAACUCCGCCGUCAGCGUGAAUCUUACGCCCCCAAGAUCGCCCCCCGUUUGCCUGAUCUCUCACCCACCCCCCAACUCGAGACCUUCGGUGGUGAAGAACGCGACACUCUCGCCCCCGAACCCGCCAUGCCUCGUCCCCAUUCUGGAAUUCCCCCUGCAUCCAUGAGCUCGCCGACUGAUGCGGUCGACCCGUAUGCUCGUACCGAGAGCAUGACCCAUCGUGGUCGCUACAGCUAUGCCAGCAGUGCUAUUAGCACUGUCAACAGCCCCCGUCGCAUUCGUCGUCGGAAGGAUCCUACUCCCUACAAUGUGCUGGUGGUUGGCGCCCGCAACUCCGGCAAGACCUCUUUCCUCAACUUUCUGCGCAAGGCCCUGACCAUGCCCCCGCAUAAACACCCUUCGCGUAGCCCCGAGGAGCUGGAAGAGUUGGAACGCCAGACCUCUGCCUACGAAGGAUUCACCUCGCAAUACUUGGAGACCGAGAUUGAUGGAGAGCGCGUUGGCCUGACUCUUUGGGAUUCUACGGGUCUCGAGCGCAACAUUGUGGACCUGCAGAUGCGUGCCGUGACUGGCUUCCUGGAGAGCAAGUUUGAGGAAACCCUCGCCGAGGAGAUGAAGGUCGUGCGCUCUCCUGGUGCCCGCGACACCCACAUCCACUGCACCUUCCUGCUGCUGGACCCCGUUCACCUGGAUGAGAACAUUGCCGCUGCCGAGCGCAUCGCCAAUGGAACUGCCAAAGCGACUGAUGUCCCCGUGGUCGGUGUCCUGGACCAGAACCUCGACCUGCAGGUGCUGCGCACCAUCCUGGGCAAGACCACCAUCGUCCCCGUCAUCAGCAAGGCGGAUACCAUCACCUCUGCACACAUGGGAUACCUUCGCAAGGCCGUGUGGAACAGCUUGAAGCAGGCCAACAUCGACCCUCUGGAGAUUUUGACAUUGGAGGACCAAGAGGAGUAUACUUCAUCGGAGAGCGCAGACGAGGAGGAAUCUGUGCAAGGAGAGACCCCCGAGACUCCCACCGAGCCCACCGAAGAAGUCAGCGAAUCCAAGGACGAACAGACGGACGAGAAGAACGGCCAGGAUCAGCCACCACAGCCCACCCCCGAAUCGCCCUCGCAGCGCAGUCAGAACUCCCUCAGCGCCUCACCCGCCAACCCGCACGUUCCCUUCUCCAUCCUUUCCCCAGACCCGCAUUCCUUGGCCUCUGGGGAAGAGCCGGUCGGCCGUCGAUUCCCCUGGGGUUUCGCCGACCCUUACGAUCCCGAGCACUGUGACUUUGUGCGUCUGAAGGACUCCGUGUUUAGCGAAUGGCGGGCCGAGUUGCGUGAGGCCAGCCGUGUGAUCUGGUAUGAGCGCUGGAGAACUAACCGCCUCAACCGGAAUGGUCAGCCCACACCGCUGCCAUCGAAGAAGUCAUACGCAGGUCGCAUGGGACCGAUUCACGACGGUCGCCGCACGAGAUAA